AUGUCCAGUCCAUCUGAGUUGGUGCUUAAUGGUGGUUGCUUCUGUACUGGUGACUUGGUCCCUUUCAAGGACAGAGAUGUUGGAGACAUAGUCCUCUCAUUUAAUGUGCAUUAUUGCCUGGAGCUUCUGCUGAUGGAAGUGUUCCAGUAUGAAACUAACUUGGUAGAUGCAAAGAACUUUGGAGUAAAAAAAGCUGUUACCACAAAUGUGUCAUUGGGGCUAACACGGGUCUUCAUAUUAGGAACAUAUGCUCACAUUUGGUAUGGCACAAAGCUCUCUGUGGAUGAACCAGGAAACUACUCUAUUGGAAAAAUCAUCAUUGUCUUCUACUCAGUGUUGAUUGCUGUAUUCUCUCUGGAUCAGGGAGCUAAAGCCCGUGGUACUGCAUAUACCAUCUACAACACCAUCAAUAUGCCUCGUCACAUUGACAGUAGUUCAAAGGAAGGCUACAAACCAGACAAUGUGAAAGGUGACAUUGAAUUCAAAAACAUUCAUUUCAGUUACCCUUCCAAAAAGGAUGCGAAGUUAAUCAAUGGAAUGAGUCUGAAAGUGCCCUGUGGAAAGACAAUUGCUCUGGUGGGGGCCAGCGGUUGUGGGAAGAGCACCACCAUUCAACUGCUGCAAAGGUUUUAUGAUCCAAAACAAGGAGAGGUCACCCUGGAUGGUCGAGAUAUCCGCACUCUAAAUGUGCAUUGGCUCAGAGAAAACAUGGGCAUUGUGAGCCAGGAGCCUGUGCUCUUUGGCACCACUAUUGCUGAGAACAUUCACUAUGGUCGUGAGGACACUGAACUGGCUGUGAGAGAGCCCAAUGCUUAUGAAUUCAUCUCCAGACUACCACAGGAAAGAAGCACCAUGGUGGGAGAGUGUGGGGCUCAACUGAGCAGUGGGCAGAAGCAGAGGAUUGCCAUUGCUUGUGUUUUGGUCAAAAAGCCGAUCCUCUUGCUUGAUGAAGCUACAUCAGCCCUGGACACACAGAGUGAAGCUAUUGUCCAGUCUGCUUUAGAUCAAUCAGGCCGAACCACCAUAGUGACUGCUCACUGGCUAUCUACAAUCCACUCUGCUGAUAUCGUUGCGGGCUUCAAAGAUGGUCAGAUGGUGGAAUAAAGCACUCACAGGGAGCUCAUGAGCAAGAAAGGAUUCUAUGCUCUCGUCACCCAACAGUCACAGCAGAGUCCAGAUGACAAUUAUUAUUAUUAUUAUUAUAAGGGAGAGACAUAUGAGGAAUCAUUUGAUAAUCCUAAUGACCUGAUGGAAGUCACAACAGAAAAUGGUGGAUUUGAGAGAAAUUCAAUAAGACGUAGUGUAACUCUUCAAAGGAGAUCAUCAAAUAGGAAUUCAAAGCAGAAAAAGAAGUCAACAAAGUCCAAGUCUAAAAAAGAGAUGGAGAAAGAAAAGGUUACAGAUGUCCCUUUCACUCGGAUUCUGGCUCUGAACAAACCUGAGUGGCCCUACCUGAUGGUGGGUAUACUGGCCAGCAUUGUGGGAGGAGCUGUCUACCCUUGUGUGGCUAUCAUCCUUGCCAAAAUCAUUGGUGUAUUUGCUGAGAUUGACCCUGAAGUGAAGUGACAGAAGGCUCUGAUAUUUUCUCUUCUGUUCCUCCUCCUUGGAGCUGUGUCUUGAUCUAUUCACUAUUUCCAGGGCUACAUGUUUGUUUUAACCAUGAGGCUCCGAAAUCAAGCAUUUAAAGCUAUUUUGAGACAUGACAUUGGGUAGUUUGAUGACCACAACAAUGCAGUGGGAGUCCUGACCACUAAAUUAGCAACAGACACAUCAUUAGUCAAAGGGAUUAUGCAGAAAGCUCUGGAUGAUGCUCAACAGGGCCACACGUGCAUCGUCAUCGCUCACCGAUUGACCACUGUCCAGAGUGCCAACAUCACUGUAGUCAUUCAGGAAGGCAAGGUGGUUGAGAAAGGUACACACAGCCAGCUAAUGGCCAAAUGAGGAGCGUACUAUGCCCUUGUAAAUGCCCAAAUCUCCCACUAA